GCGGGGCCGCGUCACACGGAGAAGAAGAGCUCGUCGAAGUGACGUCUGGGGUAUGAAAUGUACUCAGUUGUGCGCCAGGAUUUCUCGUAUUUUCUGCUGUAAUCUACCGAAAUCCCAUUUCACAGAAGAGAGAGUCUGACGGUUCAUGACUGGACAUUGUCCGUAGCCACCGGGAUGGAAAAGCAACUGCACCUGAACCUGCUGUCUAGCCGCCCGCCCGCGGCAGGUGGGCUGCAGGCGGGCUCCAAGAUGAGGAUGGGACCCGGCCGGAAGCGGGACUUCAGCCCGCUGGGCUGGAGCUGCUACUUCCAGACCAUCGAGGACGUGGAGGUGGAGACCAACGGCGGGAAAGACGUGUUCCGGCUGUACUGCAGCGGCUCCCACGGGCCGGUGCUCCUGCUGCUCCACGGAGGAGGCCACUCGGCGCUGUCCUGGGCCGUCUUCACCGCGGUGAUUUGUGGCCGGAUCAACUGCAGGGUCGUUGCCAUGGAUCUCCGAGGUCACGGAGACACCAAGGUGCAGGACUCUGAAGACCUGUCCGCUGAGACCAUGGCCAGUGACAUCAGUAAGGUGGUGGAGGUUCUGUACGGGGAUGCCCCGCCCCCCAUCCUGAUGAUUGGACACAGCAUGGGCGGGGCUAUCGCCGUCCACGCGGCCGCAGCCAAUCACAUCCCGUCGCUGCUGGGCCUGUGUGUCAUCGACGUGGUGGAAGGCACCGCGAUGGAGGCCCUCAACAGCAUGCAGAGCUUCCUGCGGAGCCGUCCGAAGACCUUCAAGUCCUUGGAGAACGCCAUUGAGUGGAGUGUGAAGAGCGGACAGAUCCGGAACAUCGAGUCAGCCCGCGUAUCCAUGGGGGGACAGGUGAAGAAGCAGGAGGAGCAAGGCAGGAGGGCGGGGGAGACCAACACCAUCGGAGGGGGGAUCCUGGAGGAGGAAGAGGAGGAGGAAGAGCAGGAGGGCGAGGAACAAUCCAACAGCAAGCGGUUGAAGGAGGAAGAACAAGAGAGACAGCGCAGCAGUGUGUUUGAGUGGCGGGUGGAUCUCUCCAGGACUGAGCGGUUCUGGACCGGUUGGUUCAGAGGUCUGUCAGCCCUCUUCCUCUCCUGCACCUCCCCCAAGCUCCUCCUCCUCGCAGGAGUGGACCGGCUGGACAAAGACCUGACCAUCGGACAGAUGCAAGGGAAGUUCCAGCUCCAGGUCCUCCCUCAGUGUGGACACGCCGUCCACGAAGACGCCCCAGACAAGGUAGCAGAUGCCAUCGCUUCAUUCAUGGUCCGGCACAAGUUCACUGACUUUAAGGAAGGCUUCCUAUGCUAAUUCCUAACGGCACGAAUUGGGAGUCGUGGGAAGAAUCGUCAUUUCACGUUUGAUUUGAUAUGAUGAGACAUGAGCUGUAAUAUCAUCUAUUACUGUCAUGGUUCAUCAUAUAGUGGUUUGAUACGCUAUGAUGCGAUAUGAACUGUAAUAUAAUGUAUUACUGUCAUGUCUUCACAAUGUAGACUAAAUGUUUAUUUCUUUAUGAGCACUGAGGUUUCUGCCUGCCUUUUUCCGAUGUAUUUUUGUUAAUUUUGAUUUCAUGUCUCUUCUGGGUUGAUUGUCUUAUUUUUUCGUAUUUAUGAUCUUGACUUGGAAGAGUGAGAAUAAAUAAAUGGAAAUAGAAAUGUAA